AUGAAUAAUUUUCAUCCUAAUACUUCUCCUCACUUAAUUAACCAACCAGAAAAUGAUCAUCAUCAUCAUCAUCAUCAUCUGAAUCUAGAUCUUGUUCUUGAACCAUCUUCUUCAUCUUCAUCAUCUUCACCUAUAAGUUCAAUGGAGCAAAGGAUAUUCUCAUGCAACUACUGUCAGAGAAAGUUUUACAGUUCUCAAGCUUUGGGAGGACACCAAAAUGCUCACAAACUUGAAAGGACACUUGCCAAAAAGAGUAGAGAGAUAACUUCAGCCAUGCAAUCUUAUCAUGAUUUACCAGAACACCCUUCAAACUACACUACUUUUGGUCAUGGAAAUUCUCAUCUUGACAAUAACCAUGGACAAGGAGGUCAUUUGAUGAGGUAUGGUGGAAGAAAAGAAUUUAGUUAUGGUAAUUCUAAGGAAGGUGUGAGUUCUUCUUGGUCAAGGGGUUAUAACUAUCCUUCUGAACAUGGUCAGGAAGAUAUUAACCAACUUGACUUGUCUUUAAGGCUUUGA